AUGGAUGAGACUAUACCAGAGCUAGAGCGUCCACAAAUGUCAGACUAUUACUUAGCCCUUGGUCUACAGCAAACAGCAACGUUCCAGGACAUAAAAAGGGCACACCAUUUACUGGCAAAAAAGCAUCAUCCAGACAAACAAGCUCCAGGGAAGAUCACUGAUGCUCACGAUUUUCGCAGGGUAAGUACUAAGAAUUCUAAACAGCAGAGAGAAGCUAAAGCGCCAGGUCAGAUUAGGGAGGCCUAUGAAUGUCUCCGUGAUGCUUCAAAGCGCUCGGAAUAUGACGCAUAUUACCCACAAUUACGAGGAGAAUGGGUCCAAUAUCGCAUAUGGCAAGAGACACAGCGCCGAAAUAAAGAGCUCAGACGAGAAGCCGAGCGGGCACGUAGGAUGGCAGAGGAACAACGAGCCGCUAGGGAACAAGCAGAGCAGGAUGCAAAAGCAGCAGAGGAAAGGGCGUCACGCAGGAGAGCUGAGGAAGAGCGACUGGCGCGAGACAGGGAAUUGAGAGAAAGAAUGGCGGAAUAUCGGUCACGGGAGGUGGCACGAAAGGCUAGGGAAGAACAAGAACAUGCGGCGAUAGAACGGUUGCACAAACAGAAAGAAAUGGAGGCGGAACGAAAGUCUGAAGAGUCUGCGAAGAGAGCAAGACAAGAGCGAGAGAUGGCUGCGAAGGAGCGGCUUAAGUCCAUAUUGAUAGAGGAGAAGCAGGACGCAAUUCGACAGAAUUGGGCAAGCAUACGAGAAGCCGCGGAGCGUCGACAAGCCAAGCCAGGGCAACCCGCGACUCAGCAUCCUACGAGGGAUUGCAUUCAUCCCCAGCUAGGCUGGCCCAAAAAGAAAGGAGAAGCAAGCUGCAUCUUUUGUGGAGAGACUCCCACUAAAUUUACUUUUCAUUGUCCGGAGUGUAAUGCUGCGGCAUGUGCUUUAUGCAAAAGCCACGAGAGAGACAGAGAGAUUCAUACGCCCGUCAGGCCUCUCGGCGAGGCCCAUGUGGGGAACUACCUAAGCUGA